CGCUGGCCUGCUGCCUAACUCACGACUAUUUUGAUAUUUCCGCCUUUGUGAACAUUCGGGCCUGCAUUAGACGUCCUUUCAGCGUCGAACCUAGGCUCAACUUCACCUUUCUGCGCCCUAGCUGUUGGCCCUGCCAACUGCCUUCAACGCGAUCGCCUUUCUUGCCUCUUCUACUCCUCAAUAUCCCCAUGUUCUCCCUCACAUUUGUUUCACCCUGAGGCGGCGAGCUAGCACCAGCUAUGCGCCUCUUACGGAUUAACGAUGAUGGCCAGCUCAGCCUUGUUGAGUAUGGGGGAACUGAUAUCCCGCACUAUGCGAUUCUUUCGCAUCGUUGGGGGCCAGAGAGCGAGGAGGUUACCUUCAGAGAUGUAAUAGAAAAUACAGGCAAUAGUAAGGCGGGCUAUUACAAAAUCCGGUCCUGUGCAAAGCAGGCUGCUAAGGAUGGCCUGCAUUACUUCUGGGUGGACACCUGCUGCAUCGAUAAGUCUAGUAGUUCUGAGCUCUCAGAAGCUAUCAAUUCGAUGUGGCGCUGGUAUCGUGACGCUCAAGUCUGCUAUGCAUACUUGAGAGACGUUCCAGCAGGGACAGAUGCAUUCGCUGCAUCAGAAUGGUUUACAAGAGGAUGGACUCUUCAGGAGCUUCUAGCGCCGGCUAAGGUUGUACUAUACAAUGCCUCGUGGAAACCAAUUGGGACCAAAAAAGAACUAGCGUUCGAGAUCAGCAUCGUCACAAGAAUUGACAAAUACUAUCUUAGCUCAGAUGCUUCAGCACUCGAGCGUGCGAGUAUCGCGGAGAAGAUGUCUUGGGCAUCGGCUAGAGUGACGAAGAGACCCGAGGACGUCGCCUAUAGUUUGCUUGGGAUUUUCGACAUCAAUAUGCCGCUACUAUACGGCGAAGGUACACGGGCUUUCCAGCGAUUACAAGAGGAGAUUAUGAAGCAAUCGGACGACCAAUCGAUAUUCGCCUCGCGUCCUUCGGUAUCUCCAGAGGUUGAUGCACUGCUCGCUCAGUCACCCGCUGACUUUAGUACCUGCGGAAACAUUGUACGAAGCAUCAAUUCAGCUCAUAGCAAGCCAUACGCCAUGACAAAUCGAGGCCUCCAAAUCGAGUUACCACUUCUCACACACGAGAACAAGAUCUUCGCUGGCCUCAACUGUCGAUUUGCGGACGACUUCUUUUCCGAUUUGGCAAUUCCUCUUCGCAAGAUCAGCGGCAACCAGUACCACAGGGCAGAGGGUAUAAUACGGGAAUUUACAACCGACGAAUGGCGUCGAGCAAGGGUGCAGUCGAUGUACAUCAGCACAAAGCCACACCAAAUUGACUCGAGGGGCGAUAUAAGAGACAACUCGUCCGUUGUACAGCGACUACCAUUCGGCUAUGUAGUCUCACGGAUUUUCCCGCCCCAAUCCGGGUGGUCCCCCGGGAUUUGCACCUUUGAGGGAAACCCGCAAGAUCUGAGCAACCGUAGACUGAUGCUAGUCAGUUCGCUCAUAGCGCACCACCACUUCCUAUUCAUGAUGUGCCUUCACAAGAACAGGGUCUUCCAUGAUGGGGUCUGGGAAGCUCGGCUUCUCCCCGUUCCAGUUGAUGAAAAUUGCGAUCUUAUACAAAUCUUUUCCCACUGGAAAGGGAAGGAUCUGUCAACCUUGCCACGAACUCAGAAAUCAGAGUUUGGAGUAGUCGUUCUUCGAGCUACACCACGAUGUAUCCGAGGCAGGAAGCUUACAACAGUUGAUAUUGCCAUCAGUACAGAUCAAGGCUAUGGAGCUUUAGAAAUAUCGGAACAAGCGAUUGCGUUUUUUCGAUCUACUGGAGAUUGCUUCGCUCACGUCUUAGCGUGGGGAUGUGACUUAGUUGUUCAACUUCUAAUAGCCCGGUUCUCGGUUGUGCUUUAUCUUCUAAACUUCGGCUUUAUCUUUUUGAUCGUGCGGAACACACACUUCUUGAAUCCUGACUUUGACACCUUUCACGUUAUGGCGCUGACCUUACUUGGUAUGCUCAGCGCCCCAUUUAUCCAGAAGCUCCAGAUGAGAAUGGCGAUCAAGGAAAGAAUUAAGCAACCGCGUAGUAGAGGGGGUGUAGGAUGGCAGGACAGACUGGAUCAUGUUUCAGUUGGCUAUCUUUCCAUUUUGUUGGUGUCAAUCGUUUCGGUUACUACUCUUUUUCAGUCCUUGUUCGAACUUGAUUUUUAUCUUGUGAACCUGUACAUCUCAGGCGCAUGCAUGAUCAUGUAUUUUAUGAUAUUCAUCCCAAUAAUUAUGGGAAGCCCUUUAGACUUCUAGUCUAAUAUAUUGUAGCAC